AUCCCCAGAUAUAUCUCCAAUCGGAUUUCAUUCUGCUCAUUACAAUUCUUUUCUGAGAUUUUCAAAACCCCAUGGAAUCCUGCAAAAUCAUCUCUUCAUCUCCAAUUCCAAAGCUCCGACACCCGGAAUUUCCAACUACAACUAAGCACAAAUCACUAAAAUUAAACCGGAAAAAUUACAACAUACGACGUCAUCGAAUCAUCACCAGAGCUUCUUGUUCUUCUGGGUCUGAUGAGAAUGGAUUUUCACCUUCGCCCAGUAGGGUUUUCAGAGAAGAAGAGGCUAUUGGAGCUGAAUAUGGGGAAGGGUUUGAAACAUUUAGACCAGAUGGUCCAUUGAAAGUUGAUGUGGAUUUUUUGAAUGAUAGAAUGCAAGAAGGAUUCUUGCAAAGAAUUCGGUAUGCAAUGAAGCCUGAUGAAGCUUUUGGGCUUAUUUUUUCGUGGGAUAAUGUGGUGGCAGACACAAGAACAUUGAAGUUAAAUGCUUGGGACCAACUUGCCUCUGAAGAGGGUAAAAACAUCCCUGGUGGUGGCACUGUUGAAAAAUCCUUGCUUUACGCAAGUGCAGAUCAUGUUCUGCGUAAGGUGUUGUCCUGGGAGAGCGAAGACAAUGAAGUGGAAAGAUUAAAAUCCAGGCUAUCGGAGCUGUAUUUCGAGAAUCUUCUCAAACUCAAAGCACCCAUUGAAGGAGUGAAAGAGUGGUUGGAUGCUGUCUCUACAGCUCGCGUCCCAUGUGCCAUUGUAUCGUCUCUUGAUCGGAGAACUCUAGUUGAGGCUUUGAAGCAUCUAGGACUCACCAAAUAUUUCCAGGCAAUUGUGACGGAAGAGGAUGGAAUGGAUUCAGUAGCUCAUAGAUUCCUCUCUGCAGCAGUUAAGUUAGACCGCAAACCAUCAAAAUGUGUGGUAUUCGAGGAUGACCCAAGAGGGAUUGUUGCUGCACAUAACUGCACAAUGAUGGCUGUCGCUUUAAUUGGUGUUCAUCCCGCGUACGAAUUAGUUCAAGCUGAUCUAGCAGUUGGUAGCUUUAAUGAGCUUUCAGUGAUCAACCUCCGUCGAUUAUUUGCUCAUAAAGGUUCCACAUUCAUGGAGUUGCAGAAGCAGGGAACAGAGAAAACUCCUACUAAGAGGAAGCUCACAAUAGAUACAAUCUUCUGAUUCAGUUUUUCUUCUUCUUACUUGACCACCGUUUGUAUAGUUUUAGUUCAGUGGUCUCCUUCUUGUAUUUAUCUCUUCUACAAUCUUUUGUGUUACACAACAUGAUUAUUACAUACAACAGUAUUAGUAGUAUUACAGCCUCAUUGGUCAAUUUCAGUCAAAGUUUGACCCAAUCAA